AUUCAAGUCAUUUUUCGUUAAAUUUGUCACAUUUUUAUGUAAAACAGAAACUCAUGUUUUACACAUUACCGUAAAUAACAAAUUAAACCAAAGUGUACUCGUUUUGAGAUAAUUUUCUUAUUAACAAGUGUUUCAAAAAGGUGUAACAUUGAAAUUUGAAUUUCACUUUCCGACACUGAACGAUGCAAAUAACUCAGUUUUUGCUGAUCAUUCCGGUCUUAUUUGUAUCAGCAGGGGACAAAAUGCCUACGGAGGAACAACCAUUUCCUUCUAGGCUUGGUCCCCUAGUAACCUUGGAAUCAGCCAUAACACAACCUACCGCCGUGUACACAAUGAGGACAGUUGGUAAUGUGGCAAAGGCAGCAAAGGCAUGGAAGUCAGCAGUAUCAUCUUCAGAUGUCUCUACCACUAUUCCCACUCCAGUUUCGGAAGAAAAUAUCACAUCAACUCUUCAAACACAAACGGAAGAAGUUCCUGCUGCAAGCGGCUCAGAUUCAUACACUGUAACAAAUUUGGUACAAACACAAUCCCAAGUUCAGGAUAAUGUAAAGCAACAGCAAGAUACUAAGGGGAACAGAUCAGAUUCCGAAGAAGAAAAUGAAGAUAGCACCCUUAGUACAGAUGUCUCUCCGACCAUUCCUACUCCAGUUUCGGAAGAAAUUAUCACACCUACUCUUCAAGCACAAACGAAAGAAGAAGUUCCUCCUGCAGACCUCUCAGAUCAAGUUCCGUCAAACGGCUCAGACUCCGAAGAAGAAGAUAAUAAAUCCACCUCAUCUAAAGAUGAAAAGGAACUCAAAAAAACUCUACAACCCGGAAAAACAUCCACAGGUGAAACUACAUCGGGCCAAGAUCUUAAUUCAAAACAACAGCAAACUGGUGUAUCAGAUCUAGCCAGUGGAUCACACUCUUCUGGACUUAAAGUACCUGGAGUAGGAGUUCCAGGUGCAGUUUCUCCCCAAGGAGGUCAAUCUUUAGCUUCGAAUACAUCUAGAGAAGGUCAGGCGCAGCAUCAACAGGUAAGAGAUGGAGAUGGUAGAGUUAUUGAGCCUAAAAUUGGAUUACCCGGACCUCCAUCUGCGCCAGUACCAUCACCAGGAGCGCCCGGAAUAAUUGUUAGAGAAUCAGGCAAUAGGGCAAUGGAUAUUGUACAGUUUUUAGGAAGAUUUAAACCAGAACCAAGGGCAUAUGAAGGGGAAAGAACAAAUGUAGCAGAACUAAAAAAAUUCCUAUUUGAAGAACUUGAAUCUUUGGUAAACACUCUAAUAGAAUUGAAAUUAGCAAUUGCAAGCGACUUUGUUGAAAUCACUGAUGGUUUGAGAAAGAAUACUAAAGAUCAUGAAGCCAGAUUGAAGUUGCUAAGAGGUGUAGAAUUCACUAAGAGGAAAAGUGUCGCCAACGUAGUAAAGGGAUUCAGUUCUUUGUACUGUGUGCUUUUAAUGAAUAUGAACGUCAUCAAAGAAAAAACGAAAGAAUCUGAAGUAGCAGAUGGCAUUUGGAAACUGUCUACAAUCCCAGAUAAAGUAGCAAAUGAACUUUUGUUAGCUAUGGAAAAGAUCGUGGUCCCACCAAAAACCCCUGAACUAGAAGAAGCGUUUGAGGCAAUCGAGUUUGGUUUCAAAAUAGCAUACUACGCAACCAAAGACAUCCUCUCAAGUAUAGAAAACACAGUUCACAACUUGAUGCACGCCAAAAAUUAUGAAGAGAAUUUUAUUGCUCAAGUAAGAAACUCUCUAAGGAUGGUACCACACCAGAUGAACUUGACUGAAUCGUCGUUUGUAAUUAAAAUCUCAGACAUGAUGCGCAGAAGAGGAACAGCUAGUCAGGACGAACCAGCAGGAGCUGGGUCCGGAGUAACACCAGGACGAGGAUCAUCAGGUACGGGACGAGCAGCAGGAACGGGAGGGGGAUCACUGAGGGGAUUAGACUUAAGUGAAGAAGAAGUUAAGAAAAUCUUGGAUGAAAUAGUGAAAGAUCCCAGCGACGGAGAACUUGGACUCGGAGACUUAAGUGACCCAAGUGGAAGAUCAUCCGAAAGACAACCCUCACUCGGACCUUCACUUGUAAUAACUGAUGGACAAGCAGGACCCACAAUAGUAUCUCCAACAGGGCCCACAAUAGCAGCUGGAGGAGAACAACCACCUUCAGCUCCUAAUGGAACCGCAACGGGGCCAGCAGGAACACAACCUGAGGGAGGAGAGAAGAAAGAAGGAUUGAUACAGAAGCUCAAGAAAAAACUCCUGGGGUCUGGAUUCGAAGUCGCGAGUCUUAUGAUACCAAUGGCGACAAUAAUUAUCAGCAUCGUCCACUAACAAUAACUCACCUAAC